AGGACUAUAAAAUCAGAUAAAAGUUGAUGAAAUACCGCCGUCCUCGUGAAGUACCGACUGAAAAGCUGGCGAACAGCGGGGAGGAACAGCUAUUGGCGGUAUAAACUCAAGUCAAACAGAAAUGGAGUGCGCCACCUGUGAUACGGGCAAAGCGGGCCUCACGAGUAUCCACUAUUUUGGGAGGGCAUGGUUGAACUGAUGUCGUGGACCCUCAGGGCCUGAAAACGGGGUCUCCAAGUCCAUCUCAUAAGGUGACCAUUUCAUAUUUAAAUCCUACCAAUACAAAACAGCGGUAAUCUCUGCAUAUGAUUGCCAAGCAUAUCAUUCGAAAUGGCACAUUCUAUACCAAUGCAAAGCUUGUCCAGGGAAUUCACUUCCUUCAAAAAUAGGCGUCAUUCCAGCAAACUUGGAAGCCUCAAGGAUCAGAAUCCAUUAGAAGUGUGUGUUCAAACCCUGGAUGAGCCAGCAGUUGACCAAGCUGAGGGAUAUAAUUCUUCUAGUGAAAAGAAGUUUACCCGUUCCCAAACACUGCUUAUAUCUCCCAGUGGUCAAUGCUGUCCAGUUGUUGAAAAUGAAGAGGAAUCAAUGCAACAGCUGGACUUUAACCUCCAGCAGAGGGUAAUAGAAUCUGAUAUUGGAAACUUGACUAUUAAAAGGUUUCUGAAGCUGAAGAGAAAAAGAAAGGAUAAGAUCAUACAUGCAAAUGAGGACGUCCUGUCCAAUUACCAUGAUUCUUAUCUCUAUGGAAAAGUAGUGCCAACAAUUAAAGUUCGUGCUGCUAUUCGAGGUGGAAAAUGGAGUCCUCUCCUUAUGUGGGUGGAAUCUUUCGCAGCUCUCAUACUUAUUGCCCUUUAUGUGAGGUCAACAUACACUUCAGAGUUUCAUCAUUCAAUUAAAGUCUUAAGGAUCACAUGUGCUUCUUUCUUUGUGGUGGACUACUUAGUGAAACUCUACAGUGCACCUGUUCGACUUUACUAUAUCGUAUCAUUUGCAGGCAUAAUUGACCUGAUCAGUGCUCUUCCCUUUCUCAUAAUAUGGAGUCGAUGGAAACAAGAUGACGCUAUUCCACAACUUAUAUUGGUUUUACGCUUCUUAAGAAUUUUCCCUCCGUUGGCAUCCAUUGUGUUUGCAAGGAAUACCAUUGGACAACAAAUAUUUCUUCUUACUGUAUAUACAUUUGGAGCUGUUUUUAUUAUGGCUGGUCUGCUACAUUGGGUUGAGCAAAAGGCCACCCCACUCCAUAUCAAGAGAGAGAACAAUUGUGGUUCUCAUGGAUGCUUAACAUUUUAUCAUGCCUUCUACUUCAUUAUUGUUACAAUUUCGACUGUGGGAUAUGGUGAUAUUACAAUGAAUUCUGACUGGGGCCGUGCUGUUACGUUACUUACCAUAUUGAUAGCCUUGUUCAUUUUACCUGUACAAAUUAAUAAAAUCAUGGAGCUUGCAUCGCGGAGGCCAUAUGGGGGAAAAUUCGCUGUGCAAAAGGUGGUUGGUUCAAGAUUUAUUAUAAUUAGUGGAAAUUUAUCAUAUCGAACUGUGCAGGACUUUCUUUCAGAAUUUUAUCAUCCUUCUCAUGAUAAAGAUAUGCCAGCAUUUCCUCUUAGAGUUGUAGUUAUGGCUCCAUAUAAACCCUCAUUCGAGAUGAAAACCCUCCUAGCACAUUAUAAAGGUCGUGUAGAGUUUAUUGAGGGCACACCUUUGAACGAAUUUGAUCUUGAUCGUGUUAGUGCUAAGAUGGCUUCAGCUGUAUUCUUAAUGGCCGAUCGGCAGGCUGUGAAUGCCGAUGCAGAGGAUGCAGCGCAAUUUGUUCGUACAUUGAGCGUACAUCGACAUUGCGGCACAGGGGUUCGAGUUAUUGUAGAGAUGUUGAAACCUGAGAAUCAGAACAGUGCCAUUUUAGAUGAUGUAGGAGAUGAAAUUGAGAUUGUUUGCCCAGAAGCGAUUCGUUUUCAGCUGCUUGCACGAAGCUGCCAUAUCAAAGGGCUGCCAACCUUUUUGACAAAUCUGUUCAAGUCUGGCUUGGUUGUCUCUAGUUCUACUAUAGGAUCUGAACAUUGGGUGCAGCAAUAUGCAGCUGGGCGUAAGCAGGAAGUGUUUCCAGUGAUAUUGCCUUCUUGCUUUCAUACGGAAGAGUUACUUUUUGAAGAGGCUGCAGAGAUAGUUUACAGGAAGCUUCAUGUUAUCCUAUUUGGUCUUGACAUUCUGAUCGAUGAUACAAGGGAAAUAGUUCUAUACCCAAAAGGGCACCAGAUUUUGUCUUCUGAUAUUGGCUUAGUUAUCGCUGAAGACCUUUGGGCUGCAGAAGAAGUUUCUAAAUUUGGACACCAAGCUUCUUUUCUUUCCUGUUCUGAGAAAAAAGACUCCAUACAAGACAGAGAACUCUUAGAAGAAAUUAAGACACGAAGAUUUCUUCAAAAUACAAAAUCCAUGGAUCCCAUAGCUGCUGAUUUUUCAAUGAGUUAUGAUGAUGGUAGCAAUAAAUCGAGUUCUGGAAGCUCUAGACCACUCAUGAGGUCGAGAUACAGAAGCAAACAUCAGAGCCACAUACAACAGAUUAUUUCUGCCAGCCAUGAUGAUGGUCAAUCACAUAGGGAAUCCCAUUUUCAUAAAAAUACUUCUAGUGCAGCACUACAUCAAACACUUUCACUGGAGGAAGCAAUAGAUGUUGCAACAAGCUGGCCACCACAACAAAAAUGGGAGAAACCUGAUCCAUCAGUUUUGGAACGAAGGGUGGAUGCUAUAAUGGAAAAUUUGUGUACCAGAACCAUUUCAGUAAUUGAUCUGAAUGCACCACACAUUUUAUUGUGUAUUCAGGGAAAAUGGCCUAUUAACAUUUUCUAUUUCAUUAGCCGUCUUAGAAUGCCAUAUCUACCGAAUCCACCAGUGGUUAUUUUACAUCCCAAAGAACCAGUCGUUGCUGAAUGGGGAUGCGUUGGAAUGUUUGAAGAUGUCUAUUUUGUAAAAGGGUCACCAUUAUAUGAGCUAGAUCUGGUUCGGGCUGGUGUCAUGCAAGCAGAAAGAGUAAUUAUAUUGGCACAACGCAGCUAUGAGGAAGAAGCUAAAGAUGAAAGUGAUCAGUCCUCUAUUACAGAAGCCUUUUUUGAUAUAAACAACAUUUUAAUAGCUGCAACCAUUGAACGCCUUCUUCGACCAACAAGGGACCGCCUUAUUGUUGAACUACAGAAAGAAGCUGCCAUUCAUUACUUGAGGCCUAAAUUUCAUAUGAAUAACAAAAUGUUUGAGAGUGGAAUUUAUGCUAGGAACAGGGCUUCGGACUACAUGUUUUCACCUCCAUAUAUCGAGGGAAAGGGUUUCAGCCCUGCUGCACUUAAUUUCUUGAUGUAUGCUACGUUCUUUAAUCGUAAUGCAGUUGAUAUAGUCGAGAAGUUCUUAUCAGUUGAAGUAAACAGAGCAGGUAAUCAAGAUUUUGUUGGAAAACUCGAGCAACUUCCAAUUCCAAAAUGCUUUGUAGGGAAAACAUUUAUGGAACUCUUCGUAGAGGUUUUGUAUGAAUAUAUUGUAUUGGGCCUUCACAGGCCAGCAGGGACAUACAACUCAGUCGUUUCAUAUGUCUAUACCAAUCCACAACCUACUGAGAUAUUGGUGGCAGGAGAUCUAAUGUUUGUGAUAAAGCCAUAGAAGUGUAGCAUAUUUCCCUUAUGCCAUAUACAUUAGAAGGCAUACAUAUAUCCUAUUAUUUAGUUAUUCUCAAGCAGGGUGGUGAUCGAGUGCAUGCUAUGGUGUACUGUAUUUUUAUUGAAGUCUUAUCUGUUGCUAGUUGUUUUUAUUAUAAAGAAUUUAUAUAUGAUAGAUGACUUUUUAAAAAUUAGGGCAGUGGAGAAAUUUAGACAACCGAAUUAUAUUGUAUUGUGAA